AUGCCAAAAAAGCAUCAAGUACCUAUGCUAGUGGAUCUAGCAUUGUAUUCCAUUGGAGAAUUUGUAAUUACUUUUGGUAGAUACAUGACAAAGCUUGUUAGCACAAUUUCCAAAACGAAUCCAGAACAUGGGAAUGCUACGUUGUGUUCAAUGUUAGAAUAUAUGAAAAAUUUACUGAGUUCUAGUGUUCCUAGACACUUGUACAAUAGAAUGUCUGUGGCAGUAUUAACUGCAGUUGUCAAUUUAGUGAAAGAGACUAGAGGUACAUACAAUGACUUUGUUUUGACUACAGCCUUUCUGUCAGAAAUGACAGUUGCUCUUCAUUUAACAGAAGUAGCUGUAGGUGCACAUUUAAAGGUAAUUGAAUUCUCUGCUUGGCCUAAAAUUAUGAGACAUGUGCUUUACAAUAAACUGCACGAUAUGAUUGGCCUCGAAGUUUUAGACUUAGGCUCAGGUUCAGCUGGCUGGAGAACAUCAGACAUUGAAAAAAUGAUUAUCAAUGGAGUUUCUGUUAUGCCGAACUUAGUAUGUUUCAUUUUGUGUUUUGACUGUACAGAUAAUGUUAUAGUGGCUCUAUCUCAGCAUUGUAAAAAGCUGCAAAAGCUAGACGUAACUGCAUCUAGGUCUGUGACAGAGCGUAGUGUUGCUCCUUUGCUUACAUGUAAAUAUUUAACACAAGUUAAGUUAUGUAGAACUUCUAUGAGUAUACCCGGUUACGCAAAUCUCUUUUUAGAACAUUCGAAUAUAGAAGAUAUUGGCAGAUGCGAUGAAUUUGGAUUUGUCUUAGAGCUUAUUAAUCAAAAACAAACUGAUGUUAAAAGUACUUUUCACAUAAAAAUAUUUGAAAGUCGAAAUUUUACUAUGGAACAUUUAUAUCUUUUAGUCGGUAUGUGUCCAUAUAUUACAAGCCUCUGUAUAUUACGUAAUGAAAGAAUUGUCGAUUUAACAAUUCUGGCCAGUCUUGAUUAUUUAAAAGAAUUGAAGCUCUUAUCUUGUGAUUUUUAUGCUCAUGGAAUAAAGACAUUGCUGGAAAUAAAAGGCAGUACGAUUAUAAGUCUACACUUGGAGCAUGUCGAAGAAAUUGAUUUGAAUGCACUUAUAUCGAUAAGUCAAUACUGUCCAAAUAUAAAAAGCCUAAUGUUCUACAAUUGUGAAUUCUUAGAACGUGCACCAACUUAUCCCAGAAAGCUUGCAGUUUCACCAUUUCAGUUUUUAGAAAGAAUUAAGUGUGUAUCAGAACCUGCAAAUAUGCAUCUGGAAUUCUUGCUUUCUCAUUGUGAGAAUAUUAAAUUUAUACAAUUAGGCUCGUCGACUGGUAUUGGAGAUGAAACAAUGAGAAGAAUACUUUUGCGAAAUCAAAUGAGGAAGUUGGAAGAGCUUAAAAUUCUGUACAGUCAUGAUUUAUCAAUGAAAACUGUACAGCUAUUGAUGGAAAAUUGCGAUAAUUUACGACGCCUGUCUGAAUUAGAAAAUUGGCAAGGAAUAUCACUUGCAGAAUUAAAUAUUUUCAGAGAAGAGUUAAAAAGUACUAAUACAAAUUUGGACACAAGUCCAAGUCUGUCUUUUGCAUAAUUGAAAUUUUGAAGUUGUGACUGUUGAUUUAAAAUCUGAAAGCUUUACACCUGGCAAGAAGAAUUACGAGCACACCCG